CAAUGGUAUAAGCGAUCAAUUACGCAUGCGCAUAUGGAUAUAUUUUCGCCAUAUUUGAAAAUUGGAGGAGGCGAACUUUGAAUACAUGCACAGUUUGUAAAGAAAACUGCCAAAAUGAGUGGAAAUCAGGGGAUGGAACAACUCAUCCCCAUAGUCAAUAGACUGCAGGAUGCGUUUGCUACGCUUGGGGUAUCGUUGGCGUUGGAUUUGCCCCAAAUAGCCGUCGUUGGAAGCCAAAGUGCUGGCAAAAGUUCUGUCCUGGAAAACUUCGUCGGCAGAGAUUUUCUUCCCAGAGGUAGCGGAAUUGUAACCCGAAGACCCCUUGUACUACAGCUCAUCAAUGCUAAUGUGGAAUAUGCUGAGUUUCUGCAUCAAAAGGGAAAGAAAUUCACUGAUUUUAACAUGGUACGCAAGGAAAUUGAAGAAGAAACUGAUCGUGUUACAGGGGCCAACAAGGGCAUCUCUUCAGUACCUAUCAAUCUUAGAGUCUAUUCACCACAUGUGUUGAAUCUUACAUUGGUGGAUCUGCCAGGUAUGACAAAAGUCCCAGUAGGUGACCAGCCUGCAGAUAUUGAAAUACAGAUCCGUGGAAUGCUUAUGGAAUUUAUAACUAAUGAAAAUUGCCUCAUUCUGGCUGUGUCCCCUGCAAAUACAGAUCUUGCGAAUUCUGAUGCACUGAAGAUUGCCAAAGAGGUCGACCCACAAGGAACCAGGACUAUAGGUGUAAUCACCAAGCUAGAUCUUAUGGAUGAUGGCACUGAUGCCAGAGACAUCUUAGAGAAUAGGUUAUUGCCACUUAGAAGAGGUUAUGUUGGGGUUGUGAACCGCAGUCAGAGGGACAUAGAGGGGCACAAAGAUAUCAAGCAGGCCCUUGGAGCAGAAAGGAAAUUCUUUUUAAGUCACCCGAGCUACAGACAUAUGGCCGACCGAAUGGGCACACCAUUUUUACAGCGUAAGCUUAAUGAACAAUUAACAAAUCAUAUACGAGACACAUUGCCAGCUUUACGGAACAAACUUCAGACCCAGUUACUUUCAAUGGAGAAAGAUGUAGAAGAAUUUAAGAAUUACAGACCAGAUGAUCCAACUAGGAAAACUAAAGCCAUGAUGCAAAUGAUAACGCAAUUUGGUGCAGAUUUUGAGAAGAAUAUAGAAGGUUCUGGGUCAGAAAUCAGCACAAUGGAAUUAUCAGGAGGAGCUAAGAUUAACAGAAUUUUCCAUGAACGUUUCCCAUUUGAGCUUGUUAAGAUGGAAUUUGAUGAAAAGGAAUUACGACGAGAAAUUACAUAUGCAAUAAAGAAUAUCCAUGGUAUCAGAACGGGCCUGUUUACCCCAGACAUGGCCUUUGAAACAAUAGUCAAGAAACAAAUCCAGAAAUGUAAAGAGCCCUGUCUUAAGUGUGUUGACCUGGUUGUUGCCCAGCUUACCCAGGUUGUGCACAAUUGUACACAGAAGAUGUCACGCUACCCCCGUCUACGGGAAGACACAGAACGUAUUGUGAACACACGUAUCAGAGAGUGCGAACAGAAGACUAAAGACCAGCUUGUUCUCAUGGUGGAUAUACAGCUGGCAUACAUGAAUACAAACCAUGAGGAUUUCAUUGGAUUUGCAAAUGCCCAACAAAAGACAGAAACUUCUAACAGAAAGAAAAUUGGCAACCAGGUUAUUCGUAAAGGCUGGCUCGCAAUACACAAUGUUAGCCUCUUGAAAGGGGGCUCCCGUGAAUUCUGGUUUGUUUUGACCACUGAGGCAGUUAUAUGGUUUAAAGAUGAGGAGGAGAAAGAGAAGAAAUAUAUGCUCCCCCUAGACAACCUGAAGAUCCGAGACCUCGAGGCUGGAUUCAUGUCUCGACGUCACAUGUUUGCAUUGUUCAAUCCAGAACAGCGGAAUGUGUACAAGGACUACAAGCAGCUGGAGUUAUCAGCAGAGACCCAGGAUGACAUGGAUAGUUGGAAAGCUUCAUUCCUCAGGGCUGGUGUUUACCCAGAGAGAAAGUCCGAGGAUGACAAGAGAUCAGCUGAUGAUAGUGUUGGUUCAAUUGACCCUCAGCUUGAGCGCAGUGUAGAGACUAUUAGAAACUUAGUAGAUUCUUACAUGAGAAUCAUCAACAAGACAACUAGAGAUUUAACACCAAAAUCCAUUAUGCAUAUGAUGAUAAACUCAACCCAGUUGUUUAUCACAGAAGAAUUACUAGCUCACCUUUACUCAUCCGCUGACCAGGGCUCUCUGAUGGAGGAAUCUGCCGAGGAAUCUCUCCGUCGCGAGGAGCUUCUACGUAUGUACCAUGUCACCAAAGAGGCCCUAGGGAUCAUAUCAGAGGUCUCUAUGAAGACUGUCUCUACCCCAUUGCCCCCACCAGUCAAUGAUGAUUGGCUAAGCCCAUCCAACUCUGGAGGCAUGCCUGGUGGUGGCAUGUCAAAUGGACCUCCUUCACCAGGCCCCAUGAGACCCAUGCCAUCAAGACCUCAGGGUCGUUCUGCUCCAGCUCCCCCAGCUCCUGGCAGACCAGCCCCAAAUAUACCAGCAAGACCAGCUCCUACCAUACCAGGUCGCCCAGCUCCUAGCCCUGUAAACACAGAUAAUAGCUUUGGAGGGCUUCCACCCCCUCUAAUACCAUCGCGUCCCUAUUCACAGCAUUCAUAUCAGAGUGUACCUCCCAAGAUUCCUGGCAGGCCUUCAAUCCCAGCUCGCCCAUUAUGAUGUGCCACAAGUGUAUAUAGGCAUCUCUUAUAAACUGUAUAUAAAGAGGCCAAACCCUGGUGUUCCACCAAGGAUUCCUUCCAGACCCAACUAACCCCAUUCGGCAGUUCAGACACUUCCAGUCAGUUGGAAUUUUAGAUACAACCCUAUUGUACAGAACAGACUAAGGGAUCAACCAUUAUUAAUCAGAUGAUGAGACUAAAUGAGCAAUAUGUGUUAUGGAUGUUAGUCAGUAAUUUACAGUGGUGUACAAUCAUGGAUAUUAGGAGAAACAAUGUUGUUGUUGAAAUCUAACUAGCAUUUGGUUUUAUCAGCUAAUCUCAGACCAAAUAAUAUAUGAAAAUGGAGUUCUUGGAAUUGUAGACGAAAGUUGCAUUGAAAAGAAGAUACUACUGUACAGACACCCACCUUUUGCAUGGUGUGGAUAUUUAUAGGUAAAGUUUUUCACAUUAAGUGAAUUCAAUCAAAAGAUGCUGUAGUUUAUUGGGUAUGCAAUGUUUGAGGUAUGUGUGUGAUUAGCACAUCACAUCAAAAUAGUCUUAAUGGUUGUUAUGUUCUUGUAUCUCGUAAACUUUGUGUCUGUACUCACCUAGUUCUAUGCAAAUUAUUUUCACAGUUUUUCUACAUUCUUGUAAUGGUAUUAGUACUGGUCCAUAUUUUGUAGUAUGUUUGUAUCCAAUGAUACUCUUUUGUUAUUGAUGACAGUUAUGGUGAAACUAGUGGUAGUGCUAAAUAAUGUAGGCAUA